AUGUCCGACAACUCAGUCAACCAGCAUUUCCGCGGACAGGUCCGCUCUUGGGGCACCGCCAACAAGCCCAAUGGCGAUGUCGACGAGAACUCGCCACUCCUUGUAAACGGCAACCAUGAAACCCAUGUCGCCAACGGCGACAGCGGCAACAAGACGCUCAAGUUCCUCUUCAACUCGACACAUACCCCGGGCACCGACAGCCCCAACAUCGCCGUGAGGUACUCCUCCCACGCAUGGCACGUUACCAAGGUGUCCCUCUUGAGCAACUAUGUCAACUUUCUUCUUAUCAUGGUUCCCUUGGGCAUCGUUGCCGGAAAGCUUCACUGGAGCCCGACUGCCGUCUUCACCAUCAACUUUUUUGCCAUUAUCCCGCUUGCCGCUGUCUUGUCGUUUGCAACCGAGCAAAUUUCCAUGAAGCUUGGCGAGGCCCUCGGAGGAUUGCUUAACGCUACCUUUGGCAAUGCGGUCGAAUUGAUUGUCAGCAUUGUUGCUCUGAAGGAGGGCCAGAUCGAGGUUGUCCAGUCGUCUAUGCUUGGCUCCAUUCUCUCGAAUCUGCUUCUCGUCAUGGGCAUGUGCUUCUUCUUUGGCGGCAUUGUCAACAUGCGCGACCGGGUCACCGGCCAGGGCAUGGAGCAGAGCUUUGCCUCUGCCACGGCGCAAACCACCUGCUCGCUGAUGACGCUUUCUUCUGCCUCGCUUGUCAUCCCUGCCACGCUUUACUCCGUUCUUGCCAAGGCCGACAGCCUUGAGAAGGAGCACAGCAUUCUAGUCUUGUCUCGCGGCACUGCUAUUAUCUUGCUGUUGCUCUACGUCCUCUACCUCUGGUUCCAGCUGCGCACUCACCCCAACCUUUUUGAUGCUGAGAUCCAACACCACAACGAGGAGGAGGCCGAGGAGCCUAUUAUGGGUCCUAUCGCCGCCGCCGCCGUGCUCGUGGUCACCACUGUUCUGGUUGCGAUUUGCGCCGACUACCUCGUUGAGAGCAUCGACCCCAUUGUUGAAACGGCCCACAUCAGCAAGAACUUUAUCGGACUUAUCCUCAUCCCCAUCGUCGGUAACGCGGCCGAGCACGUCACAGCCGUCGUCGUGGCCAUCCGCAACAAGAUGGACCUCGCUAUGGGUGUUGCCAUCGGCUCCAGCAUCCAAAUCGCCCUUCUCGUCACUCCAUUCCUGGUCAUCCUUGGAUGGGCUGUUCUCGACAAGCCCAUGACUCUUCACUUUGAGACGUUCGAGACUGUCGCCUUUGCAUUCUCUGUGCUGGUAGUUACGUACACUGUGCAGGACGGCAAGUCUAAUUACCUCGAGGGAGCCAUGCUGCUCGGCCUCUACUUCAUCAUCGCCUUGGCCUUCUAUGUUAGUCCGAGCGAUGCGUUGGACAGAGUCUUGUCCGUUGUCAGCCUUUGA